CUUCAUUUUCUCUCUCCUCGAAGCACACAACAAUGGCGAAAUUUCUCAUCAUCUUUUUCACAUCAAUAUCCAUCUCUUUCUGCAUAAUUUCCGCCAUGGAUGAUUCUUUAAGCUCGUCUUCACCUUCACCCACUUCUCCUCCACCAUUUCCUUUCUCCGCUUCGGAAACCGUAUUUUCUCCUCAUUUUAUCACUCCUCUCUCCUCUAUUUCUCAAAUCCUUACAGAACUUGGAUUCAGAGACCUUUCAAUGGCUGCUCGCGCACUUUCUCUCUCCUCGGAGUCUCACCUUCCAUGGCUUGAUCGUCCGAUCACCGUCUUCGCACCUUCAGACUCUUCGCUGCGAACUUGUCCUUCGUGUUCGCCGCUUGUUCUUCUGCAAGAACACUCUGUUCCAGGUCUGUAUCAUUUCGAUUAUCUCACUAAACUCAUUUUUGGCUCGAAAAUUGAGACGAUUUUCCCCGGUCGUUGCUUAAUUGUCACUUCUACUUUCAAUGGAACCAAAAUCUUCGUCAAUGGCGCCGAAAUCACUCAUCCGGAUAUCUACGUCGGUGAGCGCGUUAUUAUUCAUGGCGUUCAAGGUUUUCUUUCUCAUCUCUCGCCGUUUUCGUGCUCCAUUGAAAAGAUGACGUCACUUAAUCUUCCUCAUCCUUCUCCUUCAGCCGCGAUGACUCGGAUUAUGCUCAUUGACGCGAUGAUUCGACUCAAAACGAGUGGAUACAGUAUUCUCUCCCUUGCGAUCAAAGUUAAGUUCCACGAACUCGUCAAUCUUCAUAAUAUGACGAUAUUCGCCGUAGAUGACUCUGCUAUCUUCCAUGGCGGACAAGCCUAUAUUCACAGUGUGAGGUAUCACAUUAUACCGAACAAACUCAUCAAUUUUUCUGACCUGGAAACUUUUCCAUCCUCAACUGUAUUUCCUACGCUUGAAUCUGGCGAAACUCUCACAAUUACAACACCAGGACGUAAUCCUUUGUCUCCGAUGAGGAUCAAUUACGUCAAAGUCAUCCAUCCGAAUAUUCUUCAUAACUCUAAGGUGAUCAUUCACGGAGUUCCUUUUCCGUUUCCUCAUCUCCGUCAGUCGAUUCCAAUCACUGAAAAGAAGUCAGGCUUUUAUCCAAUUACAACUGGUGAGUUUGGUUCAGAACCGAGAGAGUCAGGUGUUAAUAUUGUUCGUCAAACUUCUGCUGCUCCGAUGGAAUCAAUGCCUGAGAUGGAUGAUGCUCAUCAAGGUCUUUGAUUAUCAUCAGUUAAUGAUCUUCAUAAUCCUAUAAUUAGUCAAUAAUUUUGAAGUAAUCUUGCUAAUAGUAUCAAAUGAUUUUCUUAAUCUUGCUAUUAGCUCCCAUAUUAUAACCAUCUUGUUUUAGCGUGAAUGUGUGAUGAGUACUGUAAGUUGUAUCAGCUGGUUACAAUUCAAGAUAAUGAACUACUAUUUUGAGCUAUUAUCAGUUGUUAUUUAUCUAUGCUUGAUAUCAAUU